GACCAGCGGUUGCUAAGGGCGCCAUGGACGCCACUAAGAGGCCUCUCUCUAUCCCGCCCCAGAUGGGGCUGUACGCGGAAAAAAACCGCCUCUUCCAAAUAAUGCAGGCCAUGCUGGAAGGUUUGCUGCUCCAUAGGCCGGAACAGCCCAUAGACUUCUUGAUAAAGCUGUUACAGUUAGACAAUGAUGAUGUUCCAAAGAUUGCCAUACUGGGUCCCCCUGCCUCUGGGAAAACAACAAUUGCAAUGUGGCUCUGUAAGCAACUGAUGACCCCACGGAUCUCUCAGGAGACUUUGUCGACCAAUCUAAAGUCGCUUCUGUCUUUCAAAAUUCAGGAGUAUCGGAAGAGCCAACAGGAAAUUCCCUCUCAGUUGUGGGCUGAUGCCAUUGAGGAACAGCUGCAGUCGGGAGAAUGCAUUGGACGGGGCUGGGUUAUGGAAGGGAUCCCUGAAACCCGAGAACUUGCACGAGCCCUGCAGGACAAGGGGAUCAUUCCCAGACAUGUUGUGUUGCUCCACGCUGCUGAUACUGUGCUGAUUGAGAGGAAUCUUGGGAAAAGAGUGGAUGUCUACACUGGAGAGGUGUAUCACACAACCUUUGAUUGGCCAAGUGAUGUGGGAGUGCAGAGACACCUGAAGGCACCUGACGGAAUAUCUGAAGUGGAGACCACACGGCGCCUCCUGGAAUACCAUCGGAACUUCCCAGGAAUUCUCCAGUCCUUUGAGAAACGAUUGAAACAGAUCAACGCUGACCAGCCAUGUGCAGAUGUUUUCUCCCAGGUUCUGACCCAUGUCCGAGCUCCACCUCGAACACCUGCCCCAUUUUCUCCUCGGAUUCUCCUCUGUGGGCCUCCAGGCUGUGGGAAAAGUCUACAGGCAGCGUUACUCUCUCAGAAAUAUGGUAUCAUCAAUGUUUGCUGUGGGCAAUUGCUACGGGAAGCUGUCGCCAACGAGACAAAACUGGGAGAACUCAUUAAGCCCUACCUGAACAGCGGAUGGCCGGCCAGCCGCAAGCUGUCUGAACAUCGGCGAGAUAUCCUUUGGGGGCAUCGGCUGGUUUUUCCAGCCCGUCUUCUCAUGCCAAACUUUCUAGGGUGCUGGGCGUUUGAAGAUAAGUUGGGAAGAGCACAGCGCCUUUUCUCUUUUGAUGUGGAAAUAGGACAGUUUGAAUCCGUCGAGUUUAAUUUUUCACAAGCUGCUCAAACACACAUCGUCUCGUUUCUUGGAGAGUCGCUUGGCCAGAGACGAGUCCUUCGGAACGGCAGGCACCCGAGCGACCACCUUGGAGGAGGUGCCCACGUGACGCUGCGGGAUGAGAGAUCCAUGGCAAAAUUGAGUGCUUGCUGA